AUGUCCUAUUCCUUGCUCCACGCUGAAGUUGGUUUGUUCGGUGUAGGAGGGCUUCGUUUUGGGGAAUGCGUCAAAUGCUUUUACCGCUUUGAAUGCGCCACUCUCGCCAAAAUUGUCCUCGCUGAUGCCAGAGUCGCCGAAGCCGUUGUGGCCGUUCAUGAUUGCGUCCAGAUGCCGAAUUGGUUGGGCGCGUUGGCCAGGAGGAAUCGAGGAGAUGCGCUCGGCACGGAAGCCUCAAAGAUUCUGUUCUUUGGCUCCAGAUCCAUCACUCUUCACUCCCACCGACCAUCGAUCGCAAUGGAACUAUCCAACCGCAACAGCCUGGUCUCAAACACACCUGGAAGUGCCGGAAGCGACGAUGGAGUACCACUCGAGACUCAGAGUUCCCGCGCACAGUACGCCCUCCCUCCGACGGAUCAAGGAUUCUACGCAUGGAAUACUACGCUUCCCACGAGCCUUUUGCCUCGCAAGGCGGCAUCGCAGCCAUCGGCACCACGUCAACGGGAGCCAUGUACCUUACCAUGCCACUCUACCUCUGGGGAUUUCAAAGAUGGCCCAAGGCACGGCGCUGGUCUCUCUGGAUCAGCGUCCCGGCUAUUGCUGCGUCCCUGGUUGGGGCGUCAUUUUCGAACACGGUGGCGCAGCUCAUUGUAUGCCAGGGUGUUAUCUAUGGUAUUGCUGGUAAUGCGUUGGUCAUGCCUACCAUCAACCUCAUCAAUGAGUGACUCUUCGUAUUGUCGCCAUGAUCAUCCUGAUCCUGGCAUCGCCCAUUCUUGUCCUGAUGAAGCCACGCCUGCCGAUUUCGAACACUCACAUUUCGCCGCCCGUGGAUCUCGCCUUCUUGAAAUCGCCAUUCUUCUGGACAUUGCAGACCUUCAACACAAUCCAGGCUCUGGGCUACUUCCUCCCGACAAAUUACCUCCCCACCAUCGCAGAGAGCCUGGGUCUCGGAAGAACACAGGGAUCACUGACCGUCCUCUGCGUGAACCUCGCCGGAAUGUUCGGCUGCAUCGGCGUUGGAGCUCUUGUCGACCGCUUCGACGUGACUUUGGUGUUGCUCGGGCAAGCCUCCUAUACGGCCUCACAGCAGCUGCGUACUCAACCAGCUGGGGCGGCGUCAUUCGCGAACUGCAACGAAAACAUGAGAACACCGACGCCAAUGUCGUCUUUGGCUUGCUUGCGCUGGGGCGAGGCGUGGGAUCCGUCAUCUCGGGCCCGCUGAGUGAGACUUUGCUGGACGAAAGCAAGUCUAUGCAUGGAGCUGGUAUCUCGGCUUACGGGAGCGAGCUGGGUUCAUAUAAUUGGAGUUCUGCUACUCGACGUCGCC